UGCUGUAAUUCCAUCCGUCGAAGAAGAAGAAGCGCGAGCCAUAAUAAACCAGACUAGCUAACAGGAGGGAGAAGAAAACCUGCGAAAUGUCUGAUUAGUAGCUGCAUAAUCUCGCGUUAAUAUCAACGUACGUGACUUGUUGGUGGAAAUACUCGUUGGUAAAGACGCACGGAGGAGAAGUGUGCCGCUGCGUGUUGUUUUAGACGCAGACUGUCGCCGUGUGGCUGUGACGCACAGUCGUUAGCUUGUUUACCGUGUUUCAUGUCACUGGUCUGCGGCGCCGCGUGCAGACAUGGAGAGUUUGUACAAGCGGAAAAUGUUCGCGUCCAUGCGAAAAACCAAAGUGGACGCGUCGAAGAAGCGGGAGAUCGGUCUGCCUGCGUCCAUCCUGGACGACAGUGACGAAGGCUCCUUCUCCUCCUCAUCCUCAUCCUCCUCCUCCGACGCGUCCGAGUCCGAGUUCCACACCUCCCAGGAGGAGGACAGCGAGCAGGAGUCCCGGGAGUCCGGGGCAACGUCCAGCGACGACAGCCGCUCCGUGACCCGCAGGAAGCGCUCGUUCCUGGGAGGCAACGACAGCUCCUCGUCCUCCAGCGCCGAGGACGACGAUGAUGAUGAUGAAGAUGAUGGGGACAAGAAGCAGAUCAAGAGGAUGGUGCAGCCCAGGAAGCGGAGCCGGUUGCAGCGGCAGGACGAGUCGGACUCGGACCACGCCGAGGAGAAGCGGAAAGAGGAGGCGGAGAAGGCGAAGAAGGCGAAGAAGAGGCAGAGGCACAACAAGCUGCUGGCGCUGUCCCGGAGGAUGAAGGCCCGGGUCCCGAACCGGAGGAGGAGCCGCGUCAAGCAGGCCGACGGUGGCGAUGAAGAUUCUAAAGACGGAGAGGACGAGGCUCAUGGUGACGAGCAUGCGGACCGAGGAAAAAACGGCAGCAGCAAGAAAGAGGUGAAAGGAAGUGAGGACGGAAAAAGAAAGGAGGAGGAGGACGAGGAUGACAAAGAGGAGGAGGAGGACAGAGAGGAGGAGGAAGACAAAGAAGAGGAGGAAGACAAAGAGAAGUAGCUCCACACAGUCAUGGAGAACAGAGGAGGAAUCCCUAAACUUGACUAAUCUGGAAAAAACGACUUGCAAUCGUUCCUGUUUUUCCUCCUUAAAAAAAACUCAAAGUGGAAACAAAAAUCAAUCUCUGAUACAAGGAUUUCACAGUCAUAUCUUGUUUCUAUGGCAACAGACAAAAGACAGAGUUUUGACAGAAGAUUUGAACGUCUUCAGCGAUCAGUGUCGUGAGCAAAGUGACCGAGCUUUAGAAAGACGAUGAAAACAAACAUCACUGCUGCUACUGAUCCAAAAUCUGCAGACAUUAUUCAGCCCAGGUAUUAAAAGGAUAGAAGGGUUGUGCUGAGAGUGCCCCCUGCACUUAAAUACAGCUGGAGAUACAGAUGCUUGCUCUUGAGACUACGUCCAACUUAGUCUCUGACAUCUACAGAAUAUGUUCACUGCUUUUUUCAACAGUCUGUCACUUUGUAAACCACUCACUCUCCUGCACCAAAAUCCAUUCAGAAAAUCAUCGUUUUAAGCUCACAGUGACACUGGAGCUGCAGAUCUACUGCUGCCUCGUUUAGUACAUUCGUGUCACUGAGGUAAAUCUGAAGGAAGUAUUUCAGACACAGAAGUCAAAGAAUAACACAUUUAAAGUGAUGGAGGCAGCAGUGGAUCAACAACUCCUGUGUGCUGUGAUGUAAAAAGUGCUGCUUUUCUCUAUGGUGUGUGGUGUGGGAGAGAGUGAGUGACUAGACUGACAUAGAUUUUUUGGGGGGGUUUCAGUGUCUCAAGUUGGUUCUCGGCACAGGACAAUCCCUUAAAUACCAGACCUAAACAGGACCAAGAUGUUUAUAGAGAAGUGUUUAAACAUACUAUGCAGUGAUAACAUAACACUACAUCCAUUUAGAUCAGCAGCAGCAAACCAAAAGUCAGUACGUGGUGUCAGGAGGAGGGGGUUUGACCAACUCCUCUCGAAGUUGAAGACGUUUUUAAGCGUCAGUGAUGGAAAAACCUACAGUACGACUGUAAAGAAAUACAGAUCCUUCUCCUUCAGGCUCCUGUUUGUUCCUGAAAACUUCGAGAACAUGAAAAAAAAACUCAGAUUUCACAGGGGCGGAUGAUGGACGGCAGCCGCCGAGGCUUGUGGGUAACCCCAGUAUUUAGAGAUGUUGAAUAUACCCAGCUGAAAGUGUUCCGAGUCUUUGUUGCACUUUUCUUUCUAUCGUCAAAGAUUUAAUCACAAGUGGUUCCUGCUAAGCAGAUGUAUUUUUAAAAAGACUGAGGAUUCAGACUGAACUGAAUUUUCAGACACAGACGCUUUAUUGGCAACAUCAUCCAAGAAAUUACCAUCAAACCUGCCAAAAUCAGACAUUCUGGGUUUUUCUUUUUAUGUACUUAAUGAAAUUAGAUUUAAUUUGGUCAAACAUCAGUGUGUUUGUACUGGUUCUAUUUAUUUCUAAAGUUUGUUACCGUGAUGCAUUCACAUGCCUGAGCACAAAUAGGACAAAUAAUGUCCCUAAUCUUAAAUUCGACUUCCCGUUAUUUCUUCUUUUUAAGAAAUAACCCCCCCCCCCCCCACGGUGAUGGUGCGUUUAAGGGCCUUCGUACCAAACAUGUAAAUAAAAAAUAAGACCACAGAUAAGCUGCCAGCUGCAGCGAGACGGUGAGACACAAUUUUCAGGAGCCUGUGGUCUUUCUGCUUCUCAUUUAACUCUGCGAUGACUCUGUUGCUGUGUAACGCUCUUCAGAUCUGCUCUGUUAAACACCUGUUUUAUUAAUAAACGUCCUUGUUUUGACAGGUUA